AUGAGUAAUUUCAUCAAGAAAGCCGAAGAAGCCUUGAGUGGUCAUCAUAACGAUUCGGCUCAGGCCACAAACCAUGGACCCCACAACUCCAAGCUAGCGAACAAGCUUGACCCUCGAGUCGAUAGCGACCGUGACAACCGUGCCCAUCACCAGGCUAUGGGAGGCGCCGCUGGCCCGCAUAGCUCCAACAUCGCCAACAAAGUUGACCCUCGAGUCGAUAGCGACCGUGACAACCGUGCUCAUCACCAGGCUAUGGGAGGCGCCGCUGGCCCGCAUAGCUCCAACAUCGCCAACAAAGUUGACCCUCGAGUCGAUAGCGACCGUGACAACCGUGCCCAUCACCAGGCUAUGGGAGGCGCCGCUGGCCCGCAUAGCUCCAAUAUGGCCAAUAAAGUUGACCCCCGUGUCGAUAGUGACAGAGACAACCGCGCUGCUCAGUUCGAUAGCCCCGGUUAUUUUCCGGUUGGGACAACUGGGGCUCCAGGCGGGCGUAUUGACACCCACAACACUAAUGUCGCCAACAAGGUCGAUCCCCGAGUUGAUUCCGGCGCGGCCGUUCCUCGCCAUCAUGGUGGUGUAGGUGGUGCUUACGAGCCAACUGGUGUCUCAUCCGCCACCACAAAUGCCGGCCCACACGGUUCCAACUUAGCCAACAAGCUAGACCCUCGCGUCGACUCUGAUCUUGACAACCGAGCUCGUCAUCAAGCUAUUGCUGGCAGUAGCUAUGGCAACCCUUUGGCUGGUGCGACUGCAGGCCCCCAUGCCACAAAUACAGCCAAUAAGCUAGAUCCCCGCGUGGACUCUGACUUCGACAAUCGAAACGCUGGUGUCCAGCGCAGUAUUUAA